GGUGCUCCAGUGUCAACAUUCUGAAGAGAAGGGGCCACUGAGAUGGCUUUCUUCAAUUUAUAUCUACUAGGAUAUCAACAUUACUUUCAGAGUAAAAAAAGAAUCCCAACUCAAGAAACAGACCAGAAGGAUGCGGUGCCCACAAGGCUUCCCCCAAUCACCUCAGAAGAUGAUAACUAUUCUGUGCACCAGAACAGCCAUGAGAGGUACCAGGAAGCUGUGCGGAAGGUGUGGUUAAAAACAUUCCCCAAUCAGGUCUUCAGAGUCCCAGUGACCGACGCUCAGAACUUCAGCUUCUGGAGGUCCAACGUCCCGGGCGUGCGUCCAGAGAAAGCCAUUCCAUGGAUCAAGACUCCACACCAUUGUCUCAUUAAAAGCCCAAUGACCAGAUAUGUGGAUCAUUCUCGUCUCAACGACAAAACCUUCAGUCUAUACUGAGGAGGGCGCGCAUGCAGGACAAUUGAAAACCGGAAGAGAGCACAUGGAGGGGUGAAGAUGGCCUCGGGAGAGGAGAAGUGGGAGGAGGGGAAGAGUGCAGAAUAAACAAACUGAACUAGAAGG